GAGCAGGCACACGAAAGAUUCAGCCCUGUUGUGAAGUUUGCAGGGCAAAAGAGUUUUCCCCCCGAAACACAGCGACAACACUGGCGCAGGCCGAACGCGAAGUUUAUUUUGUAUCAAUAUUUGGCUACUCGAUGCGACACAUUUUUGUUGUUGCUUUCGUCUAGCUUGCUAGAAAGGCAGUGGAGGAAGACGGUGGGAAAAUAGGGGUAUCCUCCGGUCGCGCUUGCAAGCAAAAUAAAGUCCAUCCGGACGGAUUCGUAACACGCAGCUGGUAAAAAUAAGUUCCCCUGCUUCCAACUGCACAAGCAGCGACGAAAGUGAAUCACCGAAGCGAACACACUCCGCCAUUUUUCGGUGGGAAAUCGCAGUGCAGAAUCAGAAAUAUUGUUGGUUACGGCGUGAUAAGCUGCGUGUAUAUUUGUACCAUCUGGAGUCUGGAACAAGCGGGUGUGGACAUUUUAGCUAAAAUCGAAACAGAACUGUGUGCAUCGGAACAGGUGGCCGCUGGACCAGCGCCCGUCAACGAGCAGUGGCGUAUCGGGACCGGGAACCAAUGUAAAGCGGAUAUCAUCCCGCUCUGGAGCAAAGCAUCUCGACGCGGCACGGUUCGAUGUGUAUCGAUUGGAGCAGCGAAAGAGAAUGCUUCACCGGUGCCGUGGCAGAUCGACGGUAUCGUGGCCAAGGGCGCCCAUUGCGGCCAUCUCUGCUGGACGCUGACACUCAAUGACACGCACGCGCGCCUGUACUGCUGUUCGCGCGCCAAAGCAUGUACGCAUCCGGGAGCAGCAACUGUUUUGCGGAUAUAAGCAACUUCCAGGAGCUGCGCUUUACCACGCCCGCCACCGUGCAGGAGCUUGACACGGUCGAGCUGAACGAGGCCGCCGAUUCGCUGGCAGCCCAUGUCUCGCUACAUUUCUCCUCCCCGGGCACGUCCCCCAGGAGCAGCAGCAGCAGCAGCACCAACCACACCAAUGCCAAUGCCAGCAUCAACACGAGCGUUGCUACAGCCAGCACCAUCAACGGGUAUCGGGUACCGGUGGACGAUGUGGUGGCAGUUACCUGCCUACUGCCCGACAAGGCGAUCGCGUACGAGCUGCCCAAAUCACCGGAUGACCAGCAGUACGAGCGGAGCUACACGCCGCCCGCCCACGACCUCGGGGCGUCGGACACCGGCGUCGGGCCGCCAGCGAAGCAGGCGAAAGGGCCGAUCGCCCGCAAGCAGCACGGGGAUGCGCGGGUCUGCUGCUUUGCGCUGCCCGUCGCCGAGGAGCUGCUAGGCUCGGUCACCACCUUCUACCCGUCGGGCGAUCCGGAGAACGGGCAGACGCUGCGCACGAGCGCCCGCGUCAAGUACAAGAUGCGCAUGGACUCGAUACGCAGCAGCACGCCGCCGCUCGCCGAGCGGAAAGACCCGGCCAAGCCGCUCACCUCGACGCUCUCGAAAACGCCCAGCCAGCCGAAGCAGAUGCGCGUCGUGUGGAGCAACCACGACAAGAACCUGUUUUUCGAGGCGCUGAACGAGUACGGGAAGGACUUCGAAGCGAUCCUAAACUAUCUGAACACGAAGAAGCGCCGGAAGGAUAAUGGCGAGCAGCAGGUGUUCAAGUCGAAGGACGUCCGCAACCUGUACUACCAGUUCAACCAGAAGGUGAUGAAGUACGUCCACUUUUCGGACGAGGUGCGGAAGGAGGUGCAGGAGCUGUACGCGCUGAUCAACUACGGAGAGAUGCGGCGGAAGGUGCCGUUCCAAAACAAGAAGUACUUCCACAAGCUGAAGGAUCUGGUGUACAAGGGCUUCACGACGGUGCGCGAGAAGGGAAAGAACAUACGCAUCAAGACGCCACCCUGUCGGGCGCUGCGCAAGCUGAACCAGCUGGAGGAGUGGCAGGAGGAGAUUAAGCUGCCGGCGAAGGUGGACGUACUGCUGAAGCCCUCGUCGAUGGAGGCGUGGGGCCGGGUGCAGUCGCUCGCGCAGAAUCCUCGCGUGCGCAUCACCGUCACGAUCCAGAAGCGGCUGUCCGCGUUGCUGCAGCUAUUUCAGCAGAAGUGGCGCGCCCAGGACGUCCGGCUGGUCGAUCGGCUCGACGAGAUGAAGCGGCUGUCCGGCACGGUGUCGUCCAAGAUAAUGCGCCAGCGGUUGCAGCACGAGAUACAGCUCUUCUCGCAGGUUGAGAUUGGUGCGGCCGGCGCACCACUGUUACGCUUCGUGCCCGCCCAGAACGUCGUGAUCCAUCGGCCGAUGAUCAGCUUGACCGACUUCCAGAGCAACACCAGCAUCUGUCUCAACUCGUACGAGCAGCGGAUUGGCGUCGCGGUGCCGGGCGAGACGCUCUGCACCGGGGAGAAGCUGUCGGGUGGGUGCAAGGAGCGGCUGCCGGCUACUGGACGGCGCCAGCGCACGGACAGCAGCUCGGAGAAGGUGGGCAACGAGAGCAAGAAGCUCAAGUACGAUGAAGGCGGGAAGGAGCCGGGCGACGAGAAGCCACCGUACGGGCUGGAGCUGCUGCCCCAGGACGGGCCGGCGUUUGCGGAGCACUUCAAGUCACCGAACGCUUCGAAUGAGUCGACCGAGCUGAAGGAUUUCCUCGGGUACGAUGGAGACCACUGCGGGCCGUCCCGGGCGGCCGACUGUGACGUGCUGCUCGGGGCCGGGCGACAGAGCGACAACUCGAGCGAUGGGUUCGCGCUGCUGGACGGGGAGCUGGUACCGAGCGCCCGCUACCACCAAGACACGGCGGAAAGCUCGGCUGGCGAGGAACCGGUAAAAAGCUCGGUGGGUGAGGGUAGCGGCCCCGGCGGUACCGAGAUGGGGAGCAGCAGCGAGCAGACGUGUGUUACAACUCUGACCGUCACCGCCACUACCACCACGACCGCAACCACCACCACUACUGUGACGCUGAAGAAGAAGAAAAAGUACCAUCGGCGGAAGGGCGAGAUGGGCAAGCCGAACGCCGCCACCCUGCCGUCGGCAAACCAGUUCCGGCCGCUCGUGUCGGAGGAACAGAUGCAGCGGAUACGAGACGGGUGGACGCUCGGGAGCGUGGGUGAUCUGACGGUCGGCGAUCUCUACAUCAUGUUCGGGACGGAGAUGAAGGUCGAGCUCGAGUACGACUGGGUGCGAGAGGAGACGAUCCAGCGGGCUGCUCCGGUGGUGCUGGGGCCGGAGAUGAAGGAGUGUCUGGCAUCGCAGGGCUCGUCAUCGGUCGAGGAGCGCGACUCGCCGAGGGAGCUGGUGGAUGACGGUAAGCCCACGUGCGCACUAGCGGACCAGGAAUGCCGAAACCUUGAGCUCCCGCCGAGCGCCGUGGACGAGGAGCUGCAAGAGGCCACGGUAAGUGUGAAGGAAGAGGUGAAGGAACCGCGAGGCUGCCCGGUCGACACGAUCAGCCAGCGGCUGAAGCACCUGCUCUUUCUGGCCAGCCUGGCAAACAAGGACACAAAGAAGCGCACCGCCAGCGGUGCUGCAGAGCGUAAACCAAAGCGAGCGGAAGGCGAUGGCGGCAUCAUGUCGACGCAGGACGACUGUCUACAGUUCAAGCAUCCGAUGCUGCCCGUACGCAACCCCAUCAACCAUCUUGUGCCGGAUCUUCACGUUCCACCCCGCUACAAGCAGUCGCGCUGGUGGCGUUCGCGCGUCAACCGCCAAACGCUUCACCCACUUCUACCGAACAUGGUGCGAGUGACACCCUCCGCAACAGUUACCUCAGCAUCCUCAUCUUCGUCGGCGGCUGCUUCGCCGGGUAGUUCGCAGGCAGCAACCUCACUUACAGCCCCGGUAGCUCCGGCUGCCCCAAUAGUACCGGUUGACGCAGACGGAGUCGAAAGCAGCACUCCAGCUGAACCGUUGAAACAACAUGACCAGCGCCAGCUAUUCGGGAAGCUGUCGCAGCUGCCUGCGCCGCAGCGCACCAACGUCGUCACCUUCGACGAGCUGACGCUACCGAACGACCUCACUAGCUACACGCAUCCAACGUCUUCCAUCGUGCCGACCCCAGGCAGGAAUGGCAGCAGCACCGUCCCACCAGACGGCGAACUAAACACGCCGGUCAAAAAGCUGACCGGCGAAGUGUUGCCGCCCGACCUAAGCCUCAGCCUGUUCGACCUCUCCCUACCCUCCACCUCCUGCUCGAUGAUGGCGAACCUGUUUCCCGAUCUCGAGCCGUCGGGCAGUGGUGCUGCCCCGUCCGGAGACGCCCUGGCUCCGGAGGCGGUCAUUGACGAGAAAAUGGUCGCGGCGAAUCUGAGCGAACUGUCGCUGUCUGGGAUAUUCACCAGUCUCGAACCCUUCCCAUCACCGGUCCGUCCACCAAUCGAUCCGGAUGUGGACAUGACUAUGAUGAGCGAAAGUACCGUCGACUACAUAGCACGCUUCCAGGAUAUUGCGGAAAAGUUUCGCACCGAGCAGCACCAUCCCUAGUCUACGGGGCGGAGGGUGGCGGUACAUCGUGUGCGCCUAUCGCCCAUCAAGCAUCUAUUCGUCCCACUCAGGCGUGAAUCUCACCGUGCAGUGAUGCAACCUGCGCGGUUGUGCGAAAAUGCAGAAAACGAACAAAACGAAAAGCUGCCCCUAUACAUCUUACAUGGAAAGGCCUGAUUUAACGUAAACAUGCCGGCGCGAGGAGGCGUUUUGAAAAGAGAGUAGCAGCGUGGACGCUUCACCAGCGACAUCGACAAAGUUUUGGGCCAAAAACGCAGCCAACAAUUGCCUGUUUUUGUUUUUUAUUUUAUUUUGGUCUAUCCUGAAAGCUUUAUGUCUCAUUCACUGUACAAUUUUCAGAUAGUAUUGUGUGUUUAAUUUUGCUUAUUUAACACACAGGUUGGAAGGACGAAGGAUUCUAGGGUUGUUGCGCUAUAAGCUACAGUGAAGGUCACCUAAAGUCGAACACCUCAAUUUUCACCUUUUAUAUGACUUUGCGGCACCAUGGACAGUUCCCUAGACCACCUCUAAAACUAGUUGAUGGACCUUUAAUACCUGAUAUCAAAUGGUUUAAGACCAAUAUGGUGUUCAAUAUUGGCAUGUUACGUGGUCAUUUUGCUAUUAAAUGAAGACUGUCCGGCUUUCAGUGGACCACAUAAAUUACAUACCUUUUAUCACAUUUGUGAAUGGUGUGAAAAGAUUUUAAAAUAUAUCGGUCGGAUUUUUUGCUUGUGCAUAGCUCAAGAUUGUCCUCAAAGACGUGUGAAGAAAAUUUUCGGAUAAGUGGUCCAGGUCCAGGUGAACUGUCCAUGGUGCCGCAAAGUCAGAAAAAAGGUAAAAAUAUAAGGUUUCCGACUUCAGGUUGCCGCCACCGUAAAUGUUUUUAUUUUUCGUACCAAGCUGUAUGUUGUCACCGUACUAUUUCGACCACUGAAGGAAAGUUAAAUCAUGAUCGUAGAUAUUAAGAGACAUUGAGUCAACAAAAAAACUCUUUAAUUAGCAUGAUAACUAGUUGUAGAAUUACGACCAUAACGUUAGAAACAAAUUAAGUUCCGUAGUAUCUUAUGUAUAGCCUUAAUUUGCUUGAUAGUGUUAUUUUCUUGUUGUUUAAAAGUUUUUUUCAAUACGUUUCGGCUAGAAGAGAGGAACUUGUAUAUCACGAAUUAGGAUAGGGAGUAGGGCUUUUGUGUAGUUAAAGGAUUACCCAGCGCAGUCACGAAUUCUUGCAUUCUUUAGCCAUGAUGUUUAUUUUGUUACCUUUUUUUGUUUGUUUUUUCCCCUAUUUUUUCGAAAAUAACGUUGGAUGAAAGAGACGACCUGUAUAUCACGACACAGGACAGGGAAAUUGCACUAUAUACGUAGUUACACGAUUGCUUAAUACACAGUAACGAAUUUAAUACCAAUUAUAUCUUCUUGAAGCGGUGGUGCGGGGAGGAGUUGUGCCCCCACCUGAAAGCUAUACAAAAGUAUUACCAAUUAACAAAACAAACAAACAAAGCGGGACAUUUCGAGACUGAGAUGACCCAAUUAUAUCAGGAGUUUGUAAAGCAAUAGAUUUAAUAAGCUUUAACGGAAUAACGGGGCGUCACACACAUGAGCAGGCAACACGUACAGCCGUGUACAACAACGGAAGGCAGUUAUUUGUUGGCGUAUCUCGUAUUCGACGAAACCCUCUCAAACAUUAGGCUAUGUUAUCUACGUUGUUGUAUAUUGAACGCAAUGCAACAGAAUGGCAGCAGCUGCAGCACACACCUUGUUACCGUUUUGUCUUGUUCGCUUUUUUUCGCCGGAAGCCCGGUAGGUCAGCACACAACGAUAGAGGGAAGGGUUUGUCCUUUCUUUUUUUUUUUUCUUAAGAAGACAAUUUAUUUAACAGGUUGACCCUCACUGCUUUGCAGGUACAAUUUAUAACAUUGUUUGCAAGUAUAUUUCAUUUGAAGAAGGAAAAAAAGCUAAUUCAGACUGGUAUUAGUAUUGAUUUAUGAACCAAGGGUUAAGGCAUGAAUCGGAACAGCUAUCAUGUUGUCUCUGUGUCUAUAAAAUCUUAGAAGUGGAAAACCAAACGUUUAGGUCAUAAUUGUGUUUAUACGUGUCAUCAUGAGCAUCUGAGUUUAAAAUGAGUCAAUUUUACGCUUCUCUCAUACUGAUAAGCUUCUCUAGUUGUGUGAUAUUGCUAUCGCUAUGCUCACGGAAAAUGUUGCUAUCACGGAGGAAAUCCGGGGGGCAUGGCGUUCAACGUGUUAAAGCUUCUGUCUUGAGUUUUCUUCAUUGGGCGACUGUGUGCACAGCACGGUAAAUUAUUGACCUUAGGGGGUGCGCUUCAGAAAAAAUGAGUUGUUGAGGAUUCUUUUUCCUUCUGUUUCGACGAUUAGCUGUGAGGGAAAAGAUAUUGGAAGAGGAAUAUACCAGGAACGAGAUGGCAAAGAUGUACAGAAAGAUCCAUUUAUUGUGAACGGAAUAAAUACAACUUUAAAAAAAAUAAUUCAUUCAAUCCCCUGAUGCAACCAA